GUUGGUGCCAUUGACUUUGGCUGGUGGUACAAGUGAGAAGUGGAAGCAAGGUAACAUCAUUGCCCCAAUUGUUGUUGGAGCUGUUUUGCUUCCAGUAUUCGCUGUGUGGGAAUACUUUGCCAAAGACCCAAUUAUUCCAAUCACGUUGAUGAAAGACCGUGGUAUUUGGUCGGCUGGUUUAGUUUCCUUCUUGUUUGAUUUCGUUUUUGCCGUUGAAGCAAGUUUCUUGUAUACCGUGUUGAUUGUUGCCGUUGAUGAAUCUCAGAAAUCAGCAACUAGAAUCACCAGUCUUUCUUCCUUUGCAUCCACACUUUGCUGUAUGUUCUUUGGUUUAUUUGUUGUCUACUUCAACCGUUUGAAAGGAUUUGUGAUUUUCGGAUGUUCAUUGUGGAUGGUUGCCUUUGGUAUCAUGUACCACUACAGAUCAACAUUGAGUGCCCAUGGAGGUAUUAUCGGUGGUCAAAUUGUCAUGGGUAUCGGUACAGGAUUCUUCUCAUACCCCCUUACUGUUUCUGCUCAAAGUUGUGUUAAUCACGAACAUAUGGCAGUCAUUACAUCUGCUAUCUAUACCCUUUACAGAAUUGGUUACGCUGUUGGUUCUUCUGUUGCUGGUGCCAUUUGGUCUCAAACUUUACUCAAGAAGUUAAGCAAACACCUCGAUUCAGCUACAGCCAACAGCGUCUACACCAGUCCAUACGUUUUUGCUGAGACAUACGCCUGGGGAUCACCUCAAAGAGAGGGUGCUACAAAAGCCUACGGAGAAAUCCAAAGAUUAUUGAUGAUCGUUUGUUUGUGUUUUGUUGCUCCAAUGAUUAUCCUUUCACUCUUUUUGAGAGACAAGAAGCUUGGUAGAGAACAAAGUAUAGAAAACGUUGAAACGGAAGAUGAAAAGGAUUCCUUGUUCAGCUAUAUCAAGACUUUUGGUGGAAAGAGAGGUGGACAAAGAGAUGAAAAGGCUUAG